AGUCCUCUUAACUUGGCUGCCAAGCGUGGUCACUUAGCCCUGGCCCGUUUGCUGCUUGAUCAUGGUGCAGAUGCUGAGUCUGUCGACGAUGACCGACAGACACCUCUUUACUCCGCUGUGGAGAAUGACUCCUUGGCAAUAGCAACUGUACUAUUGGAUCAUGGUGCCAAUGUUGAGGCAGCUGAUUCUUUCGGGUGGACCCCUUUGAUCUCGGCCUGUUAUAGGGGUACGCUUGAUAUUGUCACUCUACUUCUGAAUCACGGAGCAAGUAUUGAAGCUGCUGAUGAUGAGGGAUGGAGACCACUUGCAUCAGCUGUUGCUCCAGGACAUUAUGACGUUGUGCGCUUUUUGAUAGAGCGUGGG